AUGGAAUCGGGUGAUUAUCAGAUUACGAUGUUCGUGUUCAAUAUUCCGGUGACUAUGCAUUGGAAAGGGUUAUGGACAUUAUUUAUUUAUCAUGGCAAGGUGGUCGAUGCUUUCAUACCGGAGAAAAAACGUAAAUGUGGCAAAAGAUUUGGAUUUGUUAGAUUCAUCAAUUUCUUAGAUGCUCAGAGGACGAUAUCACGACUAAAUGGUUUUGUGAUUUUAGGGUGUAGAAUCUGGGUGAAGAUAGCAAGAUUUAAAGGCAGGAGAGAAAUAUGGAGGAGGGCAACUAUGCAACGUAAAACAUUGGUAAUCAAAGAAGCAAAACAUAAAGGUGUGGAAGAUGUGACAAGAAGAAAGGAAGCUGAAAAGGAGUUAGAGGAAGCAAGGAAAGCUAACAUGCUUGAAAGAAGUAUAGGAGAUGAAUUGAGUGCAAGAGAGCCGAAUAAAACAAAAGUUGUACAAGGACACGUUGAGGAUGAGUUACUGUGGAAACUUUAG